CAUGAGGUCAUUCUGCCAUUGUUCUUCUUUGGACCAGGAAGGAUGCCGGAAGAAGAAACAGCUGAGUAAUGUCUGGAAGUCCCGGCUUUCUUUCGGAGGGAUGGACGACUCACAGCAACGGUCAGCAAACAGGAAAUGGCGAUAGCGUAUCUCAAACAUUCUGGGAAUCCUGCCGGAGCCGUGCGGGAACACGCAGAAGACGACACAGGCCCCAGGUGGCCCCGUACCGCUCCGCAUAAGGGCCCGCUUGUUCGAGUCCGCCUGGUCAGCAUCCUGCCAUGAAGCUCCUCCUCCUGUGCGUGCUGCCCCUGGUGGCAGGAGAGGGAAGCUGGUCGAGGAGGACCCGCCGGGAGCUGGCGGGGCCCCUGCACACGGGGGGCGUCCGCGACCCCUUUGGCUCGUACUGCCAGAGGCGAGGAGGCUGCUGCCCGGGGAGAGACGACCUGUGCACGGUGCCUUACUUGGACACCAUCUGCUACUGCGACCUCUUCUGCAACCGCACCGUGUCAGACUGCUGCCCCGACUUCUGGGGCCACUGUCUGGGCGUGGCCCCUCCUUUCAUCGGCUCCUGUGAGAGAAAUGGCAACAAGUUCUUCUCGGGACAAACGUACAAGGAGAACUGCAACUUGUGCACGUGCGGCACCACGGGACGCUGGGAAUGUGAGCAGAACGCAUGUCUGAUAGACAGGGACACGAUCCAGGCUGUCAACAGAGGGAAUUAUGGGUGGAGGGCCGCAAACUACACCCAGUUCUACGGCAUGACCCUGGACGAGGGGAUCCGCUACCGAUUGGGCACACAGAGACCGUCCAGGAACAUCCUGAACAUGAAUGAGAUCCAGAUGAACAUGGAUUCCCAGGGCGAUGUCUUGCCCGUCUCUUUCAACUCGGCGGACAAGUGGCCGGGCAAGAUCCACGAACCGCUGGACCAGGGCAACUGCGCAGCCUCCUGGGCGUUCUCCACAGCUGCUGUGGCGUCAGACAGAAUCUCCAUCCAGUCAAUGGGUCACAUGACUCCUCAGCUGUCGCCACAGAACCUCAUUUCCUGCGACACGAGGAACCAGGGCGGCUGCGGUGGGGGGCGUGUGGACGGAGCCUGGUGGUAUCUCCGACGCAGAGGGGUGGUGACGGAGACCUGCUAUCCAUACCAGCCCCCGCAGCACACGCCGGCAGAGGUGGGCCGCUGCAUGAUGCAGAGUCGCUCGGUGGGCCGGGGCAAGAGGCAGGCCACGCAACGCUGCCCCAACGUGCACAUCUACCACAACGACAUCUACCAGUCCACGCCGCCUUACAGGCUCUCGUCCAACGAGGAGGAGAUUAUGAAGGAGAUUAUGGACAAUGGCCCCGUGCAAGCUAUCAUGGAGGUCCAUGAGGACUUCUUCGUCUACAAGUCUGGCAUCUACAAGCACACGGACGUCAGCUUCACCAAGGCACCGCAGUACCGCAAACACGGCACACACUCUGUCAGGAUUACAGGGUGGGGACAGGACACCGACUUUGAUGGAGUGCCCAGGAAGUACUGGAUUGCCGCCAACUCCUGGGGGAAGAAGUGGGGCGAGGAGGGUUACUUCCGUAUCGCCCGUGGGGACAACGAGUGCGAGAUCGAGACGUUUGUGAUCGGCGUGUGGGGCCGUAUCGCCAUGGAGGACAUGCACCACCACCACCAUCGCCGCCGCCGCCGCCACAUUUAGACACAAGACAGGAAGAAGGCCGCUAAUCCCUGAAGGGAACCUCACCACAGCAUCUGGACUUUGAAGGUGGGCGGAGUCACUGCAAUCUAAUGCCACGCCCACCUUGUCACGCCAGCGCAGCUAAGAUGAAGCCAGGUGAGGCAGCUCAGGUACCAAAGUCUUCCAAAGAUUCCAAGAAAUCCCCAUGCAUCAACAGACCUUUUGGGGACAAGAGACAACGUGACACAAGGACACUUCCUGUAACACCAUCUUGUCAGAACUACUUCCUGUUCCACCAUCUUGUCAGGAUUACUUCCUGUUCCACCAUCUUGUUAGAACUACUUCCUGUUCCACCAUCUUGUCAGAACUACUUCCUGUUCCACCAUCUUGUCAGAACUACUUCCUGUUCCACCAUCUUGUCAGGAUUACUUCCUGUUCCACCAUCUUGUUAGAACUACUUCCUGUACUACCACCUUGUCAGAACUACUUCCUGUACCACCACCUUGUCAGAACUACUUCCUGUACCACCACCUUGUCAGAACUACUUCCUGUACCACCAUCUUGUCAGAACUACUUCCUGUUCCGCCAUCUUGUCAGAACUACUUCCUGUUCCGCCAUCUUGUCAGAACUACUUCCUGUACCACCAUCUCGUCAGAACUACUUCCUGUACAACCAUUUUGUCAGAAAUACUUCCUGUAACGCCGCCAUCUUGUCAGGACUACUGCUUGUAAAGCCACCAUUUUGUCAGGACUACUUCCUGAAAUUCCGCCAUGUUGUCAGGAUUACUUCCUUAAACACCACCCUCUUGUUAGAACUACUUCCUGUGAAGCCACCUUCUUGUCAAGACUACUUCCUGUCACACCACCUUCUUGCCAGGACUACUUCCUGGAACACCACCCUCUUGUUAGAACAACUUCCUGUGAAGCCACCUUUUUGUCAGGACUACUUCCUGUCAAACCACCAUCUUGUCAGGACUACUUCCUGCCGCAACACCAUUUUGUCAGGACUACUUCCAGGACUACUCCCUGAAACACAACCCUCUUGUUAGAACUCCUUCCUGUGAAGCCACCUACUUGUCAGGACUACUUCCUGUCACACCACCAUCUUGUCAGGACUACUUCCUGCCGCAACACCAUUUUGUCAGGACUACUUCCAGGACUACUCCCUGAAACACAACCCUCUUGUUAGAACUCCUUCCUGUGAAGCCACCUACUUGUCAGGACUACUUCCUGUCACACCACCUUCUUGCCAGGACUACUUCCUGGAACACCACCCUCUUGUUAGAACAACUUCCUGUGAAGCCACCUUUUUGUCAGGACUACUUCCUGUCAAACCACCAUCUUGUCAGGACUACUUCCUGCCGCAACACCAUUUUGUCAGGACUACUUCCAGGACUACUCCCUGAAACACAACCCUCUUGUUAGAACUCCUUCCUGUGAAGCCACCUACUUGUCAGGACUACUUCCUGUCACACCACCAUCUUGUCAGGACUACUUCCUGCCGCACCACCGUUUUGUCAGGACUACUUCCUGUCACACCACCAUUUUGUCAGGACUACUUCCUGUCACACCACCAUCUUGUCAGGACUACUUCCUGCCGCACCACCAUUUUGUCAGGACUACUUCCUCUCACACCGCCAUUUUGCCAGAACUACUUCCUGUCACACCGCCAUUUUGCCAGAACUCCUUCCUGUAACGCCACUAUCUUGUCAGGACUACUUCCUGUAACGCAACCAUUUUGUCAGGACUAUUUCGUGUAACACCGCCGUCUUGUCAAAACUACUUCCCAUAGUACCACAAUCGUCUUGACAAAACUACUUCCUUUAGUACCACCAUCUUGUCAGAUCUACUUUGUCUCACACCACCAUCUUGUCAGAACUACUUCCUGUACCACCACCAUCUUGUCAAAACUACUUCCUGUACCACCAUCUUGUCAGAACUACUUCCUGUCACAUCACCAUCUUGCCAGAACUACUUCCUGUCCCACAGUCUUGUCAAAACUACUUCCUGUCACACCACCAUCUUGUCAGAACUACUUCCUGUAACGCCGCCAUCUUGUCAGAACUACUUCCUGUAUACUGUACUAUAACGUGGAAGAACACGAAGCGCUCAUUACUUCUACCCUUUGUAGCCAAUGGAACCCGCUCAUGUCGACAGCCUACUUACGGUAUGUGGUCAACCACUCUGUGCCGCAACCCGCUUAUGUCGACAACUCGUCAGUGUCGGCAGCCCGUUUAUGUCGAUAACCUGCGUAUAGCGACAACCCUCUUAUGCUGACACCUCGUUUAUGUGGAGAACCCGUUUAUACCGAUGUUUAUGUUGACAACCUACUUAUAAUCGACAACCCGCUAAUGUUGACAACCAGUCUGUGUCAAUGACUGGCGUGUGUUGAUAACCUGCUUAGAUCGACAACCCGCUUAUUUGGACAAGCUCCUUAUGUUGACAACCAGUAUGUUGGCAACAUUUAUAUGGACAACCUGCUUAGGUCGACAACCCGCUUAUAUCGACAACCUGUUUAGACGACAACCUACUUAUAACGACAACAAGCUUGUGUUGCCACCAGUCUGUGUCAACAAACAGCUUAUUUUGACAACCCACGUAUGCCGACAACCCGUUUUUGUAGACAACCUACUUAUGUCGACUACCCGCUUAAGUCAACAACCUGCUUAUAUCGACAACUCACAUGUCGAAGACCUGUCUGUCGACAACACACUUAUUUUAACAACUUGUUUAAGUCGACUACCAGUCUGUGUCGACAACCACCUUUUUUCAACAAGCAGAUUAUGUCGACAACCUGCUUAUAUGGUCAACCCACCUAUUCCGGCAACUUGUUUAUGUCGACAACCCGCUUUUGUCGACAACCUGCUUAUAUGGUCAACCCUCCUAUUUCGACGACUUGUUUAUGUCGACAACCCGCUUUUGUCGACAACCUGCUUAUGUCGACAACUCACAUUUUAAAAACCUGUCGCUCUACAACUCACUUAUUUUGACAAACUGUUUAAGUCGACAACCUACUUAUAUCGACAACCCGAUUAUGUUAACUACCAGUCUGGGUCGACAACCACCUUAUUUCAACAAGCAGCUUAUGUCGACAACCCACUUAUUCCGACGAUCCGCUUUUGUCGGCGACUGGCUUAAGUCAACAACCUGCAUGAUGAAAACCCGUCUAUAACUCACUUAUUUUAACAACUUGUUUAAGUCGACAACCUACUUACCUCCACAACCUGUUUAUGUCGACAACCAGUCUGUGUGGACAAACAGCUUAUUUCAACAAACCACUUAUGUUGAUAACCCAUUUAUGUCGACAACCAGUCUGUGUCGACAACCAGCUUAUUUCAACAAACCACUAAUGUUGACAACCCGUUUGUCGACAACCAGUAUGUGUCGACAACCAGCUUAUUUCAACAAACCACUUAUGUUGACAGCCCGUUUAUGUCGACAACCAACUUAUAUCAACAAACCACUUAUGUUGACAACCCGUUUGUCGACAACCAGUCUGUGUCGACAACCAGCUUAUUUCAACAAACCACUUAUGUUGACAGCCCGUUUAUGUCGACAACCAACUUAUAUCAACAAACCACUUAUGUUGACAACCCGUUUGUCGACAACCAGUCUGUGUCGACAACCAGCUUAUUUCAACAAACCACUUAUGUUGACAGCCCGUUUAUGUCGACAACCAGCUUAUUUCAACAAACCACUUAUGUUGACAACCCGUUUGUCGACAACCAGUCUGUGUCGACACCCAGCUUAUUUCAACGACCACUGUUGUUGACAACCUGUUUAUGUCGACAACCCGUCUGUGUCGACAACCAGCUUAUUUCAACAAACCACUUAUGUUGACAACCCAUUUAUGUCGACAACCAGUCUGUGUCAACAACCGGCUUAUUUCAACAAACCACUUAUGUUGACAACCCGUUUGUCGACAACCAGUCUGUGUCGACAAACAGCUCUUUUCAACAAACCACUUAUGUUGACAACCCAUUUAUGUCGACAACCAGUCUGUGUCGACAAACAGCUUGUUUCAACAAACCCCUUAUGUUGACAACCCACUUAUGUUGACAAGCCAUUUAUGUCGACAACCAGUCUGUGUCGACAAACAGCUUAUGUCAACAAACGACUUAUGUGGACAACUCGUUUGUCGACAACCAGCUUAUUUAAACAAACCGCUUAUGUUGACAACCCGUUUAUGUCGACAACCAGUUUAUUUCAACAAACCACUUAUUUUGACAGCCCGUUUAUGUCGACAACCAGUCUGUGUCGACAAACAGCUUAUGUCAACAAACCACUUAUGUGGACAACCCGUUUGUCGACAACCAGCUUAUUUAAACAAACCGCUUAUGUUGACAACCCGUUUAUGUCGACAACCAGUUUAUUUCAACAAACCACUUAUUUUGACAGCCCGUUUAUGUCGACGACCAGUCUGUGUCGACAACCAGCUUAUUUCAACAAACCACUUAUGUUGACAGCCCGUUUAUGUCGACAACCAGCUUAUUUCAACAAACCACUUAUGUUGACAACCCGUUUGUCGACAACCAGUCUGUGUCGACACCCAGCUUAUUUCAACGACCACUGUUGUUGACAACCUGUUUAUGUCGACAACCCGUCUGUGUCGACAACCAGCUUAUUUCAACAAACCACUUAUGUGGACAACCCAUUUAUGUUGACAACCAGUCUGUGUCAACAACCGGCUUAUUUCACAAACCACUUAUGUUGACAACCCAUUUGUCGACAACCAGUCUGUGUCGACAAACAGCUCUUUUCAACAAACCACUUAUGUUGACAACCCAUUUAUGUCGACAACCAGUCUGUGUCGACAAACAGCUUGUUUCAACAAACCCCUUAUGUUGACAACCCACUUAUGUUGACAAGCCAUUUAUGUCGACAACCAGUCUGUGUCGACAAACAGCUUAUGUCAACAAACCACUUAUGUGGACAACCCGUUUGUCGACAACCAGCUUAUUUAAACAAACCGCUUAUGUUGACAACCCGUUUAUGUCGACAACCAGUUUAUUUCAACAAACCACUUAUUUUGACAGCCCGUUUAUGUCGACAACCAGUCUGUGUCGACAAACAGCUUAUGUCAACAAACCACUUAUGUGGACAACCCGUUUGUCGACAACCAGCUUAUUUAAACAAACCGCUUAUGUUGACAACCCGUUUAUGUCGACAACCAGUUUAUUUCAACAAACCACUUAUUUUGACAGCCCGUUUAUGUCGACGACCAGUCUGUGUCGACAACCAGCUUAUUUCAACAAACCACUUAUGUUGACAGCCCGUUUAUGUCGACAACCAGCUUAUUUCAACAAACCACUUAUGUUGACAACCCGUUUGUCGACAACCAGUCUGUGUCGACACCCAGCUUAUUUCAAAGACCACUGUUGUUGACAACCUGUUUAUGUCGACAACCCGUCUGUGUCGACAACCAGCUUAUUUCAACAAACCACUUAUGUUGACAACCCAUUUAUGUCGACAACCAGUCUGUGUCAACAACCGGCUUAUUUCAACAAACCACUUAUGUUGACAACCCGUUUGUCGACAACCAGUCUGUGUCGACAAACAGCUCUUUUCAACAAACCACUUAUGUUGACAACCCAUUUAUGUCGACAACCAGUCUGUGUCGACAAACAGCUUGUUUCAACAAACCCCUUAUGUUGACAACCCACUUAUGUUGACAAGCCAUUUAUGUCGACAACCAGUCUGUGUCGACAAACAGCUUAUGUCAACAAACGACUUAUGUGGACAACCCGUUUGUCGACAACCAGCUUAUUUAAACAAACCGCUUAUGUUGACAACCCGUUUAUGUCGACAACCAGUUUAUUUCAACAAACCACUUAUUUUGACAGCCCGUUUAUGUCGACAACCAGUCUGUGUCGACAAACAGCUUAUGUCAACAAACCACUUAUGUGGACAACCCGUUUGUCGACAACCAGCUUAUUUAAACAAACCGCUUAUGUUGACAACCCGUUUAUGUCGACAACCAGUUUAUUUCAACAAACCACUUAUUUUGACAGCCCGUUUAUGUCGACGACCAGUCUGUGUCGACAACCAGCUUAUUUCAACAAACCACUUAUGUUGACAGCCCGUUUAUGUCGACAACCAGCUUAUUUCAACAAACCACUUAUGUUGACAACCCGUUUGUCGACAACCAGUCUGUGUCGACACCCAGCUUAUUUCAACGACCACUGUUGUUGACAACCUGUUUAUGUCGACAACCCGUCUGUGUCGACAACCAGCUUAUUUCAACAAACCACUUAUGUGGACAACCCAUUUAUGUUGACAACCAGUCUGUGUCAACAACCGGCUUAUUUCACAAACCACUUAUGUUGACAACCCAUUUGUCGACAACCAGUCUGUGUCGACAAACAGCUCUUUUCAACAAACCACUUAUGUUGACAACCCAUUUAUGUCGACAACCAGUCUGUGUCGACAAACAGCUUGUUUCAACAAACCCCUUAUGUUGACAACCCACUUAUGUUGACAAGCCAUUUAUGUCGACAACCAGUCUGUGUCGACAAACAGCUUAUGUCAACAAACCACUUAUGUGGACAACCCGUUUGUCGACAACCAGCUUAUUUAAACAAACCGCUUAUGUUGACAACCCGUUUAUGUCGACAACCAGUUUAUUUCAACAAACCACUUAUUUUGACAGCCCGUUUAUGUCGACGACCAGUCUGUGUCAACAAACCACUUAUGUUGACAACCUGCUUAUAUGGUCAACCCACUCAUGUCGACAACCACCUUAUUUCAACAACACACUUAUGUUGACAACCCGUUUAUGUCAACUACCCGGGUUUGUCGACAACCUGCUUAUGUCGACAACUCACAUGUCAAAAACCUGUCUCUCUACAUCUCGUUUAUUUUGACAACCCGCUUAUGUCAGCAACCUACUUAUAUCGACAAGCCGCUUAUGUUGACAACCAGUCUGUGUCAACAACAAGCUAAUUUCUACUUAUGUCGACAACCCACUACUCGCAUGACGAAAACUUGUAUAUGUCAACGACUCGCUUAUUUUGACAACAUGUUGAAGUUGACAACCUAUUGAUAUCAACAACCCGCUUAUGUCGACGUCCAGUCUGUGUCAACAAUCAUCUUUUACGGUCAACCCACAUAUGCCGACAACCCGUCUACGUCCACAACCCGUUCAUGUCGACCAACUCAUCGAGGCCAUUUCUGUGAAAAAUGGUCCGUUUAUGUCGACAUGUGUUGUAGUAUUGAGUAACUACUGUCUAGCAUUAACCCUGACUUCCUGUUCAGUGCAAAGUAAACUUCAAAAUAAAAGCAUCGCAACUAACAAAAUAAAUGCAUAUAUAUUAAUAAAUAUAUAAUUUAAAAAAAACAGUGCAAAGUAAACUUCAAAAUAAAAGCAUGAGUAAGCGGGUUCCACUGUAAUCUAAAGAACAUAUUUCAUAAUGGAAAAGACAAAUAAGCUUCAAAGUUAUGUUUUGUAUAUUUGACUAACAUUAUUUUUAUACUUUCUUCACAUGUUGCUGCUCCUGCCAAACUAACCAAAGAAAUAUAUCAUUGUCAUAAAACAAUUAAAAUAAAUAUAUAUUGGUCAUAAAACAAUUAAAAUAAAUAUAUCAUUGUCAUAAAACAAUUAAAAUAAAUAUAUAUUAGUCAUAGAACAAAAGUCUUUCAGACACAAUGUGGUGAACAUGUGUGACCUGUGACACAAACACCACACUCUUAUUAAACACCACACUCUUAUUAAACACCACACUCUUAUUAAAACUGAAUUAUUCCUCACACUGCUGGACAAAAGAGCAACUGUAAUGUUAGUAUGUUUAACCACAUCACCAUAACAAACAUCUAAUGUAUAUAAACUAUUUAUUACAUGUACGCUAACAUGUCUUAUAUAUGUAUUACAUGUCUUGGAUACACAUUUCCAAUACAACCCAUAGGGGGCGCCACAAAUGUAAUUUUUGUCCCACUUCCCUUUGUGUUGCUAAACUGUCAUAUCGGAACAAUAGCGUGCAUGCCAAAUACUGAGCCCACUUUUAGCUCCACUUCCCGAGGCAAGUAUUUCCUCCGACAAAUAGCGAGCCCGCCCGCGACACAAUCACUAUUACGUCAUUCAUAACCGUCUGCAUUAUCGCUAGUAACACAUUUAUAAACGGUUUAUUACGUCAUGUUGCCGAGUGGGAGGGGCCUCCAGCGUGGUAACCUGUAGUUACCACUUUCCUUUAAUCACACACACACACACACACAGUGAAUGACUCCGUCGUGACCUCCAGAAUGUGCUUCUACUACCUUCAGCUGGUCCUUGAACGCACCGCAAGCUCUCCAUUCAUCGUAUUUAUAUGAAAGAUAAAUAAAUUAUGUAUUAUAUUUUAGUGCUGACCAAUAAAAGCCUGAGAAAAGCU